CUCUGACCAGACCUGAUAAGAGUGUAGCACAAGCCAGUUAGCCUCAGGAUAGACAAGCUGGUGGCUGCACAGGAAAGAUCCACUAUUUUCAAAAACCAAUGGAACACACCAUCAUCUGUGCAUGCUGACACCACACCAAAUCAGACCUCAACCGUGUGCACACACAUGCAAAGACAGAGUUUUGACCUGAUGUCAGAGCCUCCACAGUGCUGCAUCUGUCUGGAUGAGGUCACCAGUCCUGCGUCCCUCCCCUGUGGACACUGCUUCUGCUUGGGCUGCAUAGGAGAAUACUGGAGGAUCAAUGGGGCCUGUCGAUGUCCCCUCUGCAAGGCCUGUUUCCCCACCAGGCCACAGCUGAAAACCGACAACAGGCUACACGCUGGCGCCCUGACGGAGGAAGUGACUGUGCCUUUAAAAGCUGGAGAGGUUCCCUGUGAUUUCUGCCUGGCAAAGUGCAGAGCAGUCAAGUCCUGUCUGGAGUGCAUGGCUUCGUAUUGUGCCGCUCAUCUGGAGCCACAUUACCGCAGUGAAGAUCUUGGGCGCCACCUUCUGAUCAGUGUGGUGAAGAACCUGGAGGACUCUGUGUGUAGACUGCACGGGAAGCAGCUGAACAGGUUCUGUCGGAGCGAUCAGACGUGCAUUUGCGCCAUGUGUGCUCAGACAGAACACAGGGGCCAUCACAUUAUUUCUAUCAGCAUGGAAGCUAAAAAGAAGAAGGUGAAGAUAAAACGGAAAAGCAUGAAACUCGAGCAAGCCAUUCAAGAGAGGCUGAAUAAAGUUGAGAAACUCAAGCACCCUGUGGAUCUCAGUGGAGAAACCCCAAAAGAGGCAUGGACACAAAGUAAAGAGCUGACCAGAAACCUGCAGGAGGAAAUCUGUGAGCUGCAGAGGAGAAACGCCGAGCUGGAGCAGCUCUGGCUGACUGAAGACAACCUCCACUUCCUGCAGAGGUUUGGACACACUGCUUCUUCUUAACGACUGGACGAAUGUUGACAACCGACAUUCAGGAGCGCUUGGAGCAAUUUGUUUUUUAAGGAUUUUAAUUAUUUAGUCUGUCAGACACUUAUUAGUUUAUCAUUGGGACUGAAGAUUGACAAAAUCCCACUUUAAAAUAGGAGUGUGAUGAUCAUACAUAACCAGUGGAGCUUUAUUUUGAAAUUCCCGUGGUUCAAACAUCUCCUUCCUAAACAAACAGCUCUGCUGCCAAGCAGAUGAUGGAAAGCAGCCAAGAAAAAGACGAAGAGGAUAUUUUUUGCCCUCCAGUGAAAAGAACAGACAAAGCAACUGCCAUAUGCAAACAGUUCAGAUAUGAAAUACUCACACUACAAUACUUGACAGCAGUAUUGAUCCUCUAAUGUCCUUUUGCACCGGAAAAAUAAUCGGCAUAUUUCCCAAAAUGUCAAACAGAUUGAUUUGAUAGUAUUCCUGGUCCAUCUGUAACUACUUUUAAAUUGAUUUAAAUCAACAGUUAUGUGCAUAGAAAAUAUUAAUGAUGGUUUGUAAACCUCAGCAACAGUAAACCUCAAAAACUACAAUAAUUGCUUUAAUUCAAUAAAUUUAAAGGAUCACAACUUGAUGAAAGUAAUGGAACCUUUGUCUGGGUGAUACUGACAUUUGUUUGCAGUACAGUAUUUCACUGUAUAUGUUCAUUUUUCUGUUUUUAUAUAUAUAUAAAUGUUGUAUUUAAGCAAAAAGGUGUAUU